AUGUCCCUUGAGAAAGUGGAUUGUACUAAGACAUUUUCAAUAGCUUGGGGGUAGGGACAACUGUCAUGGUCUUGAGCAAUAAUAACAGUUGGGACUAUAAUGUUAAACAAUUUAAUGUUACUUUUCACAAUGCAAAUUGUUUAGCAAACAUCCAUCUGUAAUAAUAGGCCUUUUAAUCUGUUACAUUCACUGAUAAAAUGUACUCCAAAUCUGACUGCGAAGAUAUUUAAUGUUUAAAAAAAUCUGCGAUUUGGUGGUCCCCGGAAAGGAAAAGGUACCGCUGGCCUAGAUAACUGAUAGUGAGGGGUGUAAAGUAAUAUUUUCUUUGUACUGCUUCUUUGUAGGGUCCCCUUGGGUCCAGAAUCCGUAGGCGUGUGGGUCUGAAGGCCCCUGGCAUCAUCCCCUGUAUCGCUGUUUGAGAGCCCAUGUAGACUGGCAUCAAGGCCGUGGACAGCCUGGUGCCCAUUAGCCGUGGUCAGCGCGAGCUGAUCAUCGGGUGACAGGCAGACUGGGUAAGACCAUAGCCCUACAGGUGUGAAUAUUGUAGUGUAUGGCAAGGCUUGGUAUUCAAUGCCUAGACCACGUGAACUUGAGUUGUAGUGGCUAAUGCAUGGGGAAAUUGGAGGGAAAAAUUGAAGUCAUGUCAGUCUGAUCCACUUACGUCACAUCUCUUCUCAUUCCUAAACCAGCAGUUAAUCUUGUUAUUGAGGACAAUGGUCAAGUAAAGGCCUGUUAAUCAGCUCCUUGUAUUUUUCAUGGUAGACGUGUCAGAUGUCGACUUAUAUGGUCAUACGUGUGUAGUGGAUGCGGAAAUUACCUGUAGCAAAUUGGCUGGAGUACAUCGGUGAACUCACACCUUCCCUGAGAUCUAAAGGCAAGUGUCGCUCACAGUGACAGACUAGUCACUUGCUUUGUUGGCUAAGACGGUUGGCUUUGAGUUGCGUGUGUUGUGCAGAAGGUUGCUAGUUCAUUGCCCGCUUGGAGCAGAACAGAAUGCACUGCUCUUACACAUGCAUGUUUUGUCAUUCACUUGAGUUUUUAUAAAUGAUACAAUCUUCUUUCCAAUGUCUUUCCUUCGUAGGAAAACCGCCAUUGCCAUCGACACCAUCAUGAACCAGAAGCGCUUCAACAACGGCACCGACGAGAAGAAGAAGCUGUACUGCAUCUACGUCGCCAUUGGUCAGAAGAGAUCCACCGUGGCCCAGCUGGUGAAGAGGCUGACUGACGCAGAAGCCAUGAAGUACACCUUCGUGGUGUCCGCCACAGCCUCCAACGCUGCUCCCCUGCAGUACCUGGCCCCUUACUCUGGCUGCUCUAUGGGAGAGUUCUUUAGAGACAACGGCAUGCACGCCCUCAUCAUCUACGACGAUUUGUCCAAGCAGGUCAGUUCAAGCGAUGGGGCUCUGAGGUCGAUAUCUGAUUAAGGUUGAUCUUAAAUAACAUCCUAUUCCUCAGUUUAUACACUACUUUCACCAGCCCUAUACGGCUCUGACAAUGCACUAAAACACUAUAUGGGGUAUAGGGUGGCACUUGUUAUUCUAUGCUCAACCUUGAUGUGAUGCUAACCUUGCUUCCCACCUCUGUCACAGGCUGUGGCCUACCGUCAGAUGUCCCUUCUGCUGCGUCGUCCCCCCGGUCGUGAGGCCUACCACGGCGAUGUGUUCUACCUCCAUUCUCGUUUGCUUGAGAGCAGCCAAGAUGAAAAAAAACGUUGCUACCUCACCGCCCUGCCCGUCAUUGAGACACAGGCCGGUGAUGUUUCUACCUACAUUCCAACCAACGUCAUCUCCAUCACAGACGGACAGGUGUGCUAAAAUAUGGUUUUCAUAAUUAAUCAGGAGCUGAAAAUAUAAGUGUAAUGAUCUGAUUUAAAUGGAGCUACCUCAAACCUAUCCUUGCAUUUAUUCCUGAUUUGUCAUUUUUGGUAAUGGCACUUGUCAACUUAGGAUUGAUUGAUUGUUAGGUGUUUAACCUAUUGAAAAACUGAACCCAUGACUCAACUCAUGCAUUUGUCUCUCUCAGAUCUUCUUGGAGACUGAGUUGUUCUACAAAGGUAUUCGACCAGCCAUCAACGUCGGUCUGUCUGUGUCACGUGUCGGCUCUGCCACCCAGACCAAAGCCAUGAAGCAGGUGGGCCACUAAUUAAUUUACCCAGUAUUUAUCAUUUGGAUCUAGGCGCCUGCGUUAGAAACCCACACAAAAGGGAAUAGUGUCCCACUUGUGAUUGAUCCUGUUUUCUCCCUGGUAAGGUGGCUGGUACCAUGAAGCUGGAGCUGGCCCAGUACCGUGAGGUGGCUGCCUUCGCCCAGUUUGGUUCUGACUUGGACGCUGCCAUCCGGCAGCUGCUGCUGAACCGUGGUGUUCGCCUUACCGAGCUCCUCAAGCAGGGGCAGUACUGUGAGUAUCUCCUAGGAUGCGUUGUUCUGGUCACAUUUGUAUGAUUUUAAUCAACUGAAAUGUUGAUUGUGUGCACUGUCCCUGUUAAAUAAAUUGCUUGAGUAGAUGAGACUGAGUUCUGUAUUUCCAGCGGGUCGUCCUUAGUAAAGUUUGCUCUAUUCACUGCUGUGCUUUAUUUAUUCCCUUGCCUGUGUGACUGACUGCAUCCUUUUUGACCUGCAGGCCCCAUGGCCAUUGAGGAGCAGGUUACAGUAAUCUAUGCUGGUGUGAGGGGACACAUGGACAAAAUGGACCCAACCAAGAUCACAAAGUUCGACGGCUUUCCUUCAACAUGUUCUCAGCCAGCACCAGGACCUCCUAACACAAAUUAGGUCAACCAAAACAACUACCACCACGUUUUUGCCAGCUUUCGCUUUAUGUUCAGCAUUGUUAUUGGACUCCUUUUGUACGUUAUCAUAACAUGGCAUGAACAUAUUUUAACCCCUUUUGUUUCCCCUUGCAGAGCCGAUGGCCAAAUCUCAGAAACCGCAGAUGCCCAGCUUAAACGGAUCGUCUUGACCUUCCUGGCAAGCUUUGAGUAG